UACUAAUCAAUUGAUUUAUUUUAACAGUGAUUUAUUAUAAGCAAUUCCAUUUAUUUGUAACUGGUCAUAUUUGGAGAAAUCAAUCAAAAUGGCCCACAGUCGGGAGAAGAAGUUGAUUGAAGUUCUCCAAGGAGACCUUAGGAGCCUGUCUAAUGAAACGAAGAAAAAAUACCCCCCAGUUAAGGAAGCGUCAGAGUCUGCAAUAAUGAAGAUUCGUACAAUGUCAGCCACAUGUGGUGAAACUCUUGGGCAAGCAAGUUAUCUUCAAAGCUUGCAAAAGUCGUGUGCUGAUUUAUUGCAACCUUUCCUAAUGGGAUGUGACACAAAGAGUUUGACAAUAAUACAGUUAUGUCUAACUUCUAUACAAAGACUAAUAAACUAUGAGAUUAUUGAUCCAUCUUUAGCUAGAAAUGUUGCGAAUGUUUUGUGGCAAGUGUAUGAUCAGGGUAUUGAGGAGUUGCAGUUACGACUGCUACAAACAACUUUGGUGUUACUCACAAGCAAGAGAAGUGCUGUGGCGGGUGAUAUUUUAUCUCGAGCUCUCGUUCUGUGCUUUCGACUACACUUCACUAAAAAUGAGGUGACCAAUCAUACUGCUGAAGCAACAAUUCGUCAGGUGGUGGCAGUGGUUUUUGACAGAUUAUUAGCAGAAGAUAAACUAAGUAAAAUUGAAGAUUGUAAUGGAGAACCAUAUAUACCUAAGAAUUCAGAAAAAUAUAGUCCACCUCCAAAUACCACUUCAGCAGUUAGAGAUGCAUACAUGUUACUUCAAGACUUAUGCCAACUUGUGAAUGCGGAAAGUCCUUACUGGUUGAUUGGGAUAACAGAAAUGACCCGUACAUUUGGACUUGAACUGCUAGAAGCAGUUCUUAAGAACUAUCAACCUAUUUUCAAUAAACAUGCAGAAUUCAAAUUUCUGCUCAAGGAUCGAGUUUGUGCUCUGGUUAUUAAAUUAUUCUCACCAAAUAUCAAACACAGGCAAGGAGCUCCUUCUCCGCCAUCCUCAACACAAGUUCAGGAAAAACCUUUUUUUCCAAUUUCAAUGAGACUACUUCGAGUGGUGUCAAUAUUGCUGAAAAAUUAUCUCUAUUGCCUUGUAACAGAAAGUGAAAUUUUUAUUUCAUUGCUUUUAAAAUUUCUUGACAGCGAUAAACCGUUUUGGCAGAGAGCCUUAGCAAUUGAGGUUUUACAGCAAAUUUGCAUAGAGCCUGAACUUCUAAGAUCAUUUUGUUGUGUUUAUGAUAUGAAAAUACAUAACAAUAAGAUUUUUCGUAAUUUGGUAUCUUCCCUUGGUUCUUUCAUACAAAACAUCAUGGCAGCACAUUCAUUGAACACCUUUCCUACAAGCGGUGAUGUUAUCAAUGGAGCUUCAACCUUACCAACAGCUCCACUUAUAGUGGCACCUUUAAAUCUAUAUUACAAAGGAGUAUCAAUACCAUUGUUGCCGAUUGGUUCCAUAAAGAACAGUAAGAACUUGUAUAGAGAAAUGUUGGAUAAAGUUGAACCACCACCUGUACCAGAUGGCUAUGUGUUGGGAUUGGCUUUUUAUGCGUACUUAGAUCUUGUUGAGGGGCUUGCUUCAAUCAUUAAUUCUAAUGUUUUAAAUCCUGAGUUAACGACGCCUAAUAGGACACAAGAUGUAGAAAACUCUGAAGAAUUGAUCAACGUGUGUAAAGAAAUGUUGGAGACUGUUUGGUGUGAAAUGUUGUCUGUUUUGUCAUUAUUACUUGAUUCCUGCACAGAUGAAUCAACCGCAGGCUCCGUUUUGAAGUGUAUUGAGUUGUGUGCGGCACUAUGUGGUCAACUAGUAAAUGUGCCUGCUAGGGAUGCGUUCAUAACCAUGUUAUGUAAAGCAUGUCUUCCAGCACAUUAUGCACUGCCAAUUUUUAAUGCAUCUCUUGCCUAUCUGCCUCAAAAAAUAAUGAUUGGUUCAGAACAGCAAGAAGUUCUCAAUAGUAGUCUUCAGCAACAAGUAGUUGUAAUGGGACAAUCACUUGUGACUAACAGCAGUCAAAUAUCUGUGAUGCUGACUGCAAAAAAUAUACAGUGCAUGCAAGGAGUGUUAAAUUUGGCUUUGUGCCAUGGGUCUAUAUUGAACACAUCGUGGCAAAUACUUUUAACAACUUUACAACACCUUGUUUGGAUAUUGGGUUUGAAACCAACAUCUGGUGGUCAAAUGGCACCAAAUCCCAGAUCAUCAAGUGAACCCAACACAGGGAACAAUACCGUUCUCACUACGGCUGUGCUGACGGACUUGCCAAUAUUAUCAUCUAAACUCAGCAAAGUUUUUGAAGCAUCAAAAGACCUUGAUGAUGUUGCAUUGCAUCAUCUAAUAAAUGCCCUGUGUUCUCUUUCACUUGAAGCGAUGGAUGCGGCAUAUAAUAACAAUAUUAAAGAACCUAGUUUAUUUGCAGUUGCCAAACUGUUGGAGACAGGUUUAGUAAAUAUGUGUCGCAUUGAGAUUCUGUGGAGACCAGUAUCUGGGCACCUCCUGGAAGUAUGUCAGCAUCCAAAUUCUAUAUUGAGAGAAUGGGGUGCAGAAGGUGUGACGUCUUUGGUAAAAUCAGCCAUAGGAUUUAAGCAUGAUGUUUUAUUAAGUGAGAAUCCUAGAAUGCUGCAUAUGUUUCUGCAUCCACUCAAACAAUUGAGCACAGUUAGUCACACAGAUGUUAAGCAAAAGCAAUUGGAUAGCACUCUACAAAUUCUCCAUUCAUCCGGAGAUAUUUUAUCAUCUGGCUGGCCUGACUUAUUAUAUAUUGUUGAAUCAGCAACUGAAACCUCAUCGGAAAAUCUCAUCAGAACUGGAUUUCGUAGUCUUCAGCUGAUUGUAUCUGAUUUUUUGCCCUCGAUGCCAUGUCAAUAUUUAAAAUGCUGCAUUAAUGUUGUCACAAAGUUUGGGUUACAAACUCUAGAUUUCAAUAUAAGCCUCACUGCAAUCGGGCUGUUGUGGAGUGUCUCUGAUUUUAUGUUUCAAAACAGUGAAAGAAUAAGUGAAAAUUUAUCAAAGGAAGAAAAUAGCACCGAAUCUCCUACAAUGGAAGAAUUAUGGUUGGAUUUAUUUGUUAAAAUAAGUGAAUUGUGUAUGGAUGGCAGACCAGCUGUGAGGAAGAGUGCAGGACAGACGAUGUUCUCAACUAUAUCCACCCACGGUUCAAUUCUGGUUCCUGCUGCUUGGGAUAAAGCAAUUUGGGAUGUUUUAUUUGUUUUAAUGGAUAAUGUACAAAAUGCCUGUGACUCUGCGUCACAGGAAAGAAGCAAUAAUGACAUACUAAUGCAUCAUUCCAGGGAUACGGCACAGAAACAGUGGCAGGAAACACUUGUUCUAACUUUGGCUGGAUUAUCAAGAAUAUUUAAACUCAAACAAAACAUUCUCACUGACCUACCAAGAUUUUUCAAAGCAUGGGAAAAACUUUUUGCAUAUCUUGAAAAAGCUGCAUUGUGUAAUAGUUCUGAAGUAUCUGGAGCAGCAAUGUGCAGUUUUGAAGAUGUGUUAUUGUCAGAUUUAUCAAAGGGAUUGGAGAGUGAAAAUACACAGCUGUGGGUUCAAGCGUGGGAAACUUGGUGUCGAAUAGGUGUAAGUGUUACAAAAUCUCCCUCAAGCGAUGUUGAAGAUCUGGACAAUGUUAUUUCACAAAGCUAUCUGACAUCAUAUGUGUCUCUAUUUUGUACAUUGUACAAACACAUUCAAUCCAAGUUCAGUUUGCAAAAUUUUCAAGAUCUUGAGAAUGUUCUUGUCGGUGCUGUGACAAUACCAGUACGAUGGGAUUCUGCAGCAUUUGAAUUACCUGUACUUUCUGGUUUUCACCUCACACCCUUACAGGAUGAAGUUAUACGUUCUAUCAACUUGGUUCAAAAAAAUAUUUCAUCAGAAUCCGAUGAUGAAAUGUAUCCAGCAAUAUUUCGAUAUUUGUUGAAAAAUGUAGAAUAUGCGUCUAAACCUCCUAGAUAUGGUAAAUUAUCUGACAAGAUUUUACAAAAUGGAAAACAUAAAUGGUUAUGUCCUAAUUGCACACCGUUUGCAGAAUAUUCAAUGGGGUUGGCUGUAGAGCUGUACAAGAAAACAGCAUGUCACAAAUCAGUCAUACAACAUGAUGUGCUGACAUUGAUCUUAUCAGCCUUGCAUAUACCAUUAUCGAAGAGGCAUAAUGCCAAAACUAAGUCAACUUGGCUGUUGGCAGUGGACUCGUUAAUGCAUGUUAUGCAAACUGGAAUGCCGGUUGUUAGACAGUAUUCCCAGUCUUCCUAUUUUGAUAAACUUUGGGAUGUUUUAUAUCAGUGCAUUGAAAAUUUUCUUUUCCCAGUGUCACAAACACCUGCUGACUUAUCGGUUGAGGAGCAAGCGACUCAGGAAAAACUAGAUGUGAAGCUUGUGCAAUUGCUAAAAAAUGAGGUCCUUCCACAUAACUCUAGUAUACCAAGUAAAUUUAUUUCCAAUAUCAUCGAGAUGCUCAACAAAGGUUCUAGCCACAUUGUCACCAUGAACAAUACUGAUAUUCAUGUUCAUGGAGCGAGAGAAUUAUUUCGACAAGCUUGUUUUGAUACGCUUCUUCAAUUUUCUAUCAUCACCAAGAAAUCAAAUUCCAAAAGCAAUGAUUCUCAUAAUUCGCAUUCUACUGAACUAACUGAUUUGUCAUUGGAAAGUUUGAUCAAGCAAUGUCACACGUCUCUAUUGUCAUACUUAGAACAGGACCGAUUAACAUUGCGCUAUCCAAUUCCACAAGAGCAAGUUAAUGAUACGAUGCGACUUUUACAGUUCAUGGAUACUCUACUUAAGUCAUUGAUUGAGAAUCCGAAAUCUGCAGAUCAAUCUUUUUGGAAACAAUUUUUAGAUCUUUAUCCAGUGUUGGUAAACUGUAUAUCAUGUUCAUCACCAGAGUUUCGAACAUGGAUCGCCAAACUUCUUUUGCAUUAUAACACUUUUAUUAAAAUUGAGCACUUAUGCGUUUGAAUCUUUUUCCUAACAAUAUCGAUAGUAUGUCAUGAGUUAAUAUCUGAACCUCUUUAUAAUGAUGUUUUGUGUGGGUCUUAUCUGCAACACCAAAUGUUCUUUUUUAGAUGAACUGACAAUCAUGAGUUUAUAGAACAAAUUUAAUGAAAAAACUGCACACCGACUUGAAUAGUUUUGCUUAAAUCUCAUCUCUUAAGUUUGCUAUUUCGACCAGUUAAAACAUAUUCUAUCAUGAGUUUAUGUCCAAGUUGAGCACUCAAUUUCGAAAUUAGGAUGUUUGAAAGGGCAUAUUUUUUACAGCCGAUUAAUAUCACCAUGAAUUCAAUUUUAUAUGUUUUCCAAUUUUUGUUCGAUUUGUCAUGUAUACGGUGACCCGAAGCCCAUGAAUUUUCAAAGCUAACUAUGACUGAUGCUCAUUUGCUUGGAACCUUUUUGCUCGGUUGAUCAUGUAUAUCAAUAUUUGGGUAUAAUAGUUCAGCAACCUUCAUGGGCAUACUAAUUCUCCGCAGAAUUUUACCUUAACUGGAUAUGUAGUUAUUAUUUUAUGGAUACCAAAGAAGUGAGUUCUAUGAACUGACUAUUUUUAUGAAAAUUGUUUUCUUAUUUUAUGUCAUUUAGUUCUCAGUAUACCAUCAUUGUCGGGAGGUGCCAAACCCGUCUCCAAUUCAAGUUUAUUUCUUUUCACUGCUUCGGAAAUUUAUUUUAGCUCUGCUUAUAUUUAGUAAAAUUAAACUGGCAGUUUAAUUCAUGAGAAUAUGAAUUAAUUUUGCCAAUAAUGUUAGCUAAUUGGUUAGUUGCACACCUGGAACAAGCACGUUUUGUUGACCCUAUGUGAUCCAAAGUAAUAGUGUGGGAUUGCUGCAAACUUGCAUUUCGUGUCCCCAUCGAAUUGGUAUACAUUAUUAGUUAGGCCAACCCAGUUAACCACCAAAUUUGUUAUAUAUAAUUGCAUUUAUGAUAUGUUAAAUUAAAAUGUGUUAAUGAUUUCUUCAUGAAGAAGAUAUUUAUUUUGAAAUUACUUGCUGGAUGCUUAGAAUAAUUCAUACACAUUCGGAGAAAAAGUCAGUCCAAAGCACCGUGUACCCAAAUCCGAUUGUUUGUCGAGCAAAUUGUGCAAUCCAAUUUUUACAAGUUCAGGAGUACCGUCAUUUUUAGAUAUCUACGUGACCAGAGGCAAUUUUUGUCUCAGUGACUCCACUAUGGCGUCAAUGUUUAUUGAAUUGUUCAAAUCUUAUAAUUUAUUAUAUAUACAUGGUAUAGUAAACUUGUCGUAUGAAGGCGUGA